AUGACUCAAGGCCGCGUCAUUGUUGUUCUCACCUUCUUGAGCAUCAUCUUGGCUCGUUGCGGUUGGUAGAAAAAAGUUACUUUCGUUUUGUUUCAGAUGCUAUACUCACAGCCGAAUGAGAAUACAUUAUAAUAACAUUUUACUCUUGCGGAGGAAAGAUAAUAAUCAAAAGCUAUUCAUGGGAAACGGAUUUCUACAAAGCUUAAGUUUGAGACAGAAUCCUUGUCAGCUGAAGAUCCAUGGAACUACUAUAUCAAUAUGUAUCAUAUGUAGAGUUGAUUCCGAAACACAGAAUAAAAAAGUCAACCAUUUGACGUUUUGUGUAAGGUUUACAAUUAUUUUCACCUACUAGUUUGAAAAUUGACUUGAAGGCGAGUCUGUUGAAAUUACUAAAUUUUUAAAAGUUUGAUUUUCUCUCGAUCAGAUUUUUCUGAUGCGAAAACUCUUCGAACCAACCAUGGAAAAGUAAACUACACAGAGGCAGAUAAAGAAUGCAGAUCAAAAGAUUUUAGAAGUCAUCUUGCAAAAAUUCAAACUAUCGAAGAACUUCAGUUGGCUAAAAAUGUAUCAAAUAAUACUAACGGUAUAAAGUACUGGAUGGGUCUCAACAUCUGGUGAGUGGAAAUUGUCAUGGCGUACUUACGCGACUUUUAAAUUGUUUAGUCCAACCACCUCAAGCUAUGCAUGAGGUAGUUGGUAAUAACAUGAUAACCUUUCAAUUUUUUGCAUUUUUUCUCUUCUUUUGUCAGCGUUUCUAAAUUGGUUAUGGAUACGUUUGUUGCAGGAAUGGUACUUGGAAAUGGAGUGAUGGAAAGGCUGCUGCUGGAAAACUUACCGAUAUUGUGAAAAAUUAUAAUGACACAGAAGCUUUGUCUAUGGAACCAAUGAUUUUCUGUUGUGUAGUAACCCAUGAUCCUUUCCUGGAGUGUAUCAAUUGCAGCGAGCAGCACGCCUUUCUAUGUGAAGACUUCCAAGGUGAGACGUGUUAAGCACAGUUCAGCAAUUUUACUGAAAACGGAGGGACUACCCCGGCAAACAUAAACUUCUGGCUUGUUUUGCAUCUGCAGAAAAUUUUCGGCGGCACAACCAUCAAUAAGGAUUAAAUAAAAAUAAAAUGAAUUACACUAUCAAAUUAGAUCUUCCUCCUUAUUUCUAUUGAAUCAAUUUAUUGAAAAUGUUACUUUAAGUAUUAUUAUCAUUAUUUCAAUAAUAAUUAACACUAUUUUCUCUUACCGAUAAACAGAAAAUAACUACACUCAAGUGAAUUCUAAUGCGAGGUUGGUAUGCUUAACAGUUCACUGAUGUGCCAAAGCCCCUUUGUACAUUUUUUUUCAGCUUAAUCAUUUUAUUCCUUUUGUUGUUUUUUUUAAUCCUUAGCUGCAUUCCAGCAUUUCCUCCAGUUACUGCAUCCGCAAGAAACGCUUCCUGUAUAUUCUAUGAGUAUAAAGGCGAAUUUUGCAAGGAUAUAAUCACAAGUUUGUACGUUUAUGGUAACCAAACGACACUGGAUUUUGGAGAAGUGGAAACUGAGACAUUUAAAACUUAUUUCAAAUGGUUUGACAUCUCAGAAAAAUGCCAGCCUAUAAUCAAAGAUUUAUACUGCCGCUAUCACUUCCGGCCUUGCGACGAAUCCCUCGACAAGCCUACAGAUCGCAGGAUUUGUCGCAGCUCAUGCGAUUAUUUGAUGGACGAUGUUUGCAAAAAAGAGGCGGAUGUUCUCAAAAUGGCGGUGAGUUCGUCCCCAGAUUUCAACCCAAACAUGAUUAAUUGCUCGUUCUACCAACCGGCUAACGGUGGGGAUGCUCCUGAGUGCUAUGAGUGGCCAGAUAUCCCUGGUGAGUGUUACACAACUGCUACAAAUCCUUUAUCUCAGGCUUAGACCUGGCCUGAGGGUGGGGGUUAGGAGGAUUUUUGGUCGUGUCAUCAUACAAUUUUACUGAUCCCCUCAUAAAGCUCUGUAAUAUUUUUAAGACCCCCCCUCAUCGACAGUUAAUAUUCUUAACAAUCAUUGCUGCUGGGAUUUUAGAGAUGCGUCCGCUCUGAUUGGUCGACUAGUGUGUCAUGUGUCAUAUUUACAACAGAACUCGAAAGCACCUGAGAAAUUUUCAUUAAAACUAAUUAUUCGCCUCUGGCUCCGUGAAUAGUGUUUAAUAAUUCCUUUCGGAGACGAAUAAUUGUUAAAAAGUACCUCUUUCAGUACCUUUCACAUUUUUUGGCGACGACUGAUCCCCCAUCCAUUUCGCCCUAAAUUCCAUUUGAUUCCAAAGCCUUCGUCGGGGAGUUUAUUAUUGUUCCAAAGUCAUACUUUACUCUUUUAGGAAGUCAGCGGUCAUCAUUCGUAUGUUUUGUUCACGGGCGCCUUUUUUUCUUUCUAACCAGAACAGAAUAGCACCCCGGAGCGAUCUUAUUUAUUAUUUGUAAAGUCAUACAAAAUUUUUACCCUUCUGAUAGGUGGUGGUUCCAGGCAAAUGAAAUGAGAAGGAGCCUUAAGCUCCCAUUUUCCUUUUAAAGCCUUUAUAAUCCCUUUAGAAUUACGAGUGCGAACACUCUAUAGCUAUGCAAAAGUAAAACACCUGAAGCUGUUAGUCUAAUGUUUUCACCCAAAGUUACAAUUAUUGUAAGCUUGAGUAGCUACGCAAACCACAGAGUUUGAUAAUUUCGCUCGUCCUUUCCUAACCUAUGCCGCAAUCUGUUUUUUUCCUCUUGCAGGUGACAACACAAACAGCAUAGGUCAGUCAUUUAUGUACUGUUCUUAAAUGUAAUUCGAUUACAGAGAAUUCCCGUCGCAGAACCGAACCGAGGAACCGAGGCAGUAAUUUAGUGUCCUGGCCUCCGUUCCACAACUACAAAACGACUUCAAACAUUAAUUUAUCUCCCAGUUUUUAACUAUUUUCUUUGUGCAGUACCUCAGUUGACGUCAUAAAUGCGUUUUAUUUAUCCAAGAUUGUUACUUUGGAGUCGGUCUUGGUUACCGCGGUAAUGUGAACGUCACCCGGUCUGGUCGUACAUGUCAGUCUUGGAGAUCCCAGUGUCCUCAUCGUCACUGGCGGAUCCCUAAAGAUGUCGCAAAAUCCAAAAAUGACUCGAACCUGUGUCGUAACCCAGACAGCAGUGCCCCAGAUGGACCGUGGUGUUAUACCACAGACCCAAACGUCCGAUGGGAAUAUUGCAACGUAUCUCGUUGUCCUCCAAGAAGUAAAGGUUAGCCACUGAUGUGGGGGGAGGGGUAAGAGAUCACUUCAGAGAUAACUGCAAUAGAUUUAUAAGCUAUUAAACGUUUGCUGCUUCUGACCCAUACUAACAAAAAAAAAACAAAAUUAGAAAGAUAUUGACAGACAUAAUCAAUCAUGGUCACAUUCUAUCUGCGCAAAAUAUCACGUAUAUGAAAAAUCAUGCAUAGCAUAUCUUGACAAUUAAAUGACCUAAUAUACUUAAGAAAGAAGACAAAAAAUUAAAAAUAUUGGUUAUGUUUAAGCACCAGGCUUUUCAGAGUUUUUGUUGAUGUCUUUCAUUAUUUAGGAAAACCGCCGCCGCCGCCAAAAGACUUUAAUGACUGUUGUUAAUCGCGACAACUACUUCAAUUACACUGUCUCAAUAUUCAUUAGACUUUUAAAUGCAUUUGUUGUUGUCCUCUCCGUACACUAGAAUUACCGCCUCCUCCGAGACGCUUCACAGUAAAGAAUGUGCAGACAAGAUACUUGAUAUUGACUUGGGAUGAGCCAGUAAAUGCCAGUCUUCACCAAAUACAAAGCUUCACCAUAGAGCGAUGGACAUCAAGAUCGGAGAACGUUUCAGUGGCGAAGACAGUUCCUUACCCUGAGUCCAAAAUGAUUAUGAAUGACUUGGAACCCUCUACCGAAUAUACUCUUAGAUUAUCAAGCAACAAUAUGUAUGGAAGGUCAGAUGGUGUAUUUUUAACCCAGAAUACACUGCCAGGUAAUCAUCAUAAACCUGAUGAGAAAUACUAUGUGCAGAUUUAUCUUACGUCUCAGAGCUGUUAAACAUUUGUCUUUUAAUCUGAGUUAUCUUCAUCGUGUUAAAGAUGAAAUACAUUUGUGCAAGCCACUUCUAAUAUCCAAAAUAUAAAUCAAUCAUGCCUCUUUCUGUUCUAGAGAGUUCUUCCACAAUUAGGCUCUCGUAGCCACUUCUAAACUAAUGCGUUCGUUGCCUUUUUUCCAGACAGGUUUAUUGUGAAUUUAAUGCUGAUCAUAGUUUUGCCGCUGGGUUUAGCAUUUAUAUUCAUCGUGAUUGUUUGUGUCAAGUUUGGAUCAAAUCGCAAUUCCAGGCCAAACAAAGUUUAUGAUGAGGUAAGUGUGUUUAAAUAUUUAAAAAGGAUUGAGUGGAUGAAGCUGAUUUUUCCUCUUUUUCCCGCAGACAGAAAUUUUCAUUCGUCGCAACUGGGAGGAGAUUCGCAGAUCAGAUGUUAUCCUUCAAGAUAAGCUGGGGGAAGGCGCGUUCGGUGAAGUGUUUAAAGGCGUGGUGUGCAUAAAGGGAAAUGCUAGGGCAUGUGCAGUAAAGAAGCUUAAAGGUAAAGAUUUUGAUAGUAUUCUAAAAUAUUAAAAGGAAAUGGGUCAACAGGUUUAUAGGCUCAUUUGGUUUAUUCGAUCGUUGUUCGUUUGUCUGACGGAUCGAUUUACUGAUAGUUUGAUUGAUUGACUGUACGUCUCAUUGACUGACUGACGAAGCGACUGUUUUACUGAUCGACUGACCCACUACACUGAUCAAUUGAUUAAUAUUAAUAACGCAAGGGCGUUAAUAUAAUUAAUAAGAAGACUUUCCAUUUCAGCCAAUACUGCAGAAAAAGAGAAGGAAGACUUGCUCAACGAGCUUCAAAUCCUGGUCACAAUUGGUGAACAUCCUAAUAUCAUAAGUCUUAUUGGAGCGUGUACCAAGUCUGGUAAUUAUUCUAGAGAAAAAUUUGUUACUGUGGUUACUGCAGUUGUCUAAUCUGCUAGAUUUACUGAGCAAAUUUUUUAAGACUUUUGGCCUUCCUUUUGUCUUCCUAAAAGCAUACUUUCAAUUUUGUUCAACAGAACAAAUAUUUUAUUAAUUAACUCUCUUUUCUCGAGUUUUUGUAUUCCUCCAACAUGUUACUUUUGAUUAAAUACCUAGAAUCAAUUUUGGUGAUUGUUAGUUUGGCUCCAAAUGGCUGUUUGCUAAACGAACUGAAGAAGAACAGAGAAAAUCUAUACUACGGUGAUUCGAUAACAUCUGUCGGAUUCACACGCGUCGACAAAUUGAAGAUUGCAAGAGACGUCGCCUGUGGAAUGUCUCACCUCUCAAGCAAAAAGGUAGUUAUGAUAUUGAAAAGCUCUAUUUAACCCUAAGGAACCUAUAAUUAGUUAUUUCCAUUUGGUUUUCUUUGGUAGUGUGUUCAUCGUGACCUUGCUGCAAGAAACGUGCUUCUUGGAGACAGGAAUGUUGCGAUGGUUUCCGACUUCGGCUUGUCACGUGAUGUUUACGAAAGUGGCGAAUACGAGACUUUAUCCAGGGUAUGACUAGUUUGCUCAAAGUUUAGGGAAAGGCGAGGGGUAUGGUAGAACUUCUAAGAGUUAUGGCUUUUCAACAAGGAUUGCUCUGCAUUUCAAAGCGUCCCCCUUGUAUUUCCUAUUAAAGCAUUAAUGAAUAUUAGCUUAGAGAUUUAUUCAUUCAAGUUACCUCUGACAGUUUGUCCUAUCAUAAUUGACAUAGAAACUUAAGCAGUGUGAAAUCAUUUUAUUUCCUCCCCCCCCGCCCCCUUUCAACAACACUAUUAUCGUUGUUAUCGGUCAAAGUAUCCACACACUGAAAUGACAAAAGUUCAUUGUUUAAUUGUAUCCAUUGGAAUGCUGGAUCAUUGUACUGAAAGUAAACCUUUCCAAUUUCUCCCACAAACCAGGGAAUGUUACCAGUUCGUUGGAUGGCCCUUGAGUCUUUGGACUUCUUCACAUUCAACACGAAGACAGACGUGUAAGGCAUAAGUUGAGAAAUCAUACGAGAGCGAGUCCAUUUCAUUGUCCAUUUCGUUGUUUUCAUAAAUUGACAUGUCUUAUUUGUCUUUAAAUAAUUAAUUUACGGAUUAAAAAUUGAGAAAAUUUUGACAGAUUUAUUGUCUUGUUAUAUUUUAAAAUUUGGAAAUCAAGUGCAAAAAAACAAACUAAAUUUUUGCGCAUGAUGUUUUUGAUAGGUGGUCGUUUGGAGUGCUUCUAUGGGAGAUCGAGUCAGAAGGUGAACGCUUUAACUUAUAUUUGAUGGUCAGUGCAUCCUCAUUACUUCCCCAAGUGUUAUUUAAGUGCCCCACUCUAUAAACUGGACUAAGUUCAUUGUACCCUUGCGGAUAUGUUGUUUUUUGUUAUCAUUCCUUGUCAAGGUAUAAUGCCAUAUUGCGAACUUGGAGGAGCAAUGGAAAUCAUCGAAUAUCUACAGUCAGGACAAAUUUUAGCGAAGCCGGAUGGAUGCCCAAAUGAAAUGUAAAUAAUCUUUCAUAGGAUGAAAAUCAGCUCUUAUAUAAUGGCUCGCAUUUGAUCUUGGCUGACUGACUAAACUUAAUCUUUUCUCGUAACAGUUACGAGAUAAUGAAGUCCUGCUGGGAUCUGGAUCCGAUGAAACGUCCAUCAUUUGUAGAUCUUUUGGCGUCACUUGAGAAAGAACUUACUAAAACAAAAGACGUAAGGAAAUAAUUAUCAUGACUGGUCGUGUUGAUGAUCAUGCGCGAAGGGAGAGGGAAAAGUUAAUAAUUGGGAAUUAAAAAUAAAUCCCUCACACUGUUACAUCAAUGUACAUACUGCUUAAUAACCAUAACAUUGCAUAAAAAAAUUUCUGUCUUAUAUUACAUACGCCAUGAGGAAUAGUGCAAAUUUAUUUUUACUUAAACUGAUAACUUACACCAAUGAUAGUUAUCACUAUCUCUGCCCCUGCCUUUUGAUGAUGUAAUUUUGUUGAUAAUAAAAAUGUCCUGAGGGGUUUGAUGGAGAUUUUCUCAUACAGUUAGUAGAUUGCAAUGAAAUAUCAUUAAAAAAAUCUGUGCUACAACAGAGAGCUUCACAGAUGGUUUUGAGUAAUUUUGGCAGCCACGAGAUUGCUACCUAGCUUCGGAGAUCGAACAAACCUUUAAACGUCACGACCUUAUCUUGUUCGUCUUUAGAAAACUUGCAUCAUUAAACGUAUUGAUUAGUCAGUAAUUCAGUGCAGAGAUAUUAUAUAGAAACAUUUAAUAUCCAGUUUCAUCUUUGUUAUAUCAUAACAUUUGCACAUUUGCCGUAUAUGCUGUUGCGUUAGUUCCUUGUUUACUUUCAUCAGUUGACAGGAAGCAUUGACUCGUAAGAAACAGUUUUUGAGCCGAUACAUUGACUUUUACAACCGUAAUAUUGCAGUAUCUUUGUACGGAAGGGAAGUUAUUAUUUUUAUUUUGAACAUCAUUAUCAUUAUUAUGGAUCAGCCGCGUCUUUCCCUUGUAUUUCCUGUUGUUACAUACAGUAUAAGUGAAAUGAUUACUAAACGAUGUCUCUUGAUCACUUGUGUGAGAUAAAAUGAUCGCAAAACGAUGUCACUUGAUCACUUGUGUCACAAUAAGGGUUGGUGGAGCAGAAAAUAUCUCGGACGUCAAAUAGCAAAUUUAUUAACUUCUGAUUGCUUCGAUGCGUGCUCUCAAAACGAUGAAAAGAAAUAAAUGUGGCCGUCCCGCGGUUGAUUUUCAUCGAGGAUUUUGCAACAAGCAGGAACAACUCUCCAUUUUUUAAGGUUCUUUUUCAAUCGAUAACAAAAUCACACACAAUUCAAGCAAUCAUGUGCAUUGAAUUGGUAUGCUAAUAUUGCGGUUCAGUCAACACUACCAUUUACCAAGUCUACCAUAUAUUUCCACUCAAGGCGUCUUUGUAAUUUCUGAUUUAUUCAUUUUACUGUACUAUCGUACUUAUCUGUUGAACCCCAAACACUUCAAUCCAAUAGACCAUCUGCAGUUAAGGAUCAUUUCUAACACACCUCGUUGAAAAAAUAUUCGCCCUUGACGCAAAAACGAAGCAACUCAAUUCGACUGAUCGAUGUUCCAGUGUGCAAUUUGCCUCUCAUCGGGACGUUUUGGAAAUCAUGUUAAUGUGGUAGCUCCAGGCGCCGGUGUUCUUUUCUUCACUAGUCUGGCUUUUAACUAUAGCUAAACGAAUAGCAGUACUUAGGAAAGCUCAUAUCGAAAAAAGAUCCAGAAACGAAUGAAAAAAAAUUGUCUGCUUCUUUUUUGGAAAUUGGAAAUCAUCGGAGCACAAAAACUAUUAUUUUGCAUUGUUGUGGCAUACGUUUUUCACACUAACGACAGAUAUUAAUGAAAAAGGAAUGGAGACAAUAAGUUUUCGCAAUUUCCGCCUCUGGAAAGACCUCCCCUAUUAAGGUUAUUAACUUGUGUUGUUUUAGAACGGAAAUAUGUCGUGACAGGAAGUCGUUGUCAUUUGCGUGGCUGUUCAUUCGAAAUCAUCUUUCAUAACUCAAACUUUCGAGCUGAAAAUCAAAGUAACGUGUCAGUGAGGUUUGCGCCGUAGAGGUCAGAGCCUUGUGAAGGAAUAUAGCAGUCAGCAAAGAGGUAUUCACUGGGUUGGUAAGUGGUUCAUACAAACUCAUGCAAAAUCACUGCUUCCCUGUGUGCCCUUGAUGAAUGUGCUUGCUUCUAAACUUUUUCAUUUGAAAGGAAAGGGAAUUUUAAACCAUUUAGUUUUAGAAACUCAGUGCAAUUUAGAAAUUUGGUGCAUUUGGACGAUAAACAUUUGCAUUUAGUGUACCCAGAUUUAAACGUCACGUCACCGCGGGUUAAAUACUAAACAUAAUCCUUAGUGCUUUGACAUUUCAUUGUUUUUCCUGUUUUUAAUUAUUCAUAGUGGAAAACAGUGUCUAUGACAGUGUGUGUGUGCUGUAGAACCACUAGUUAUUAAGAGAGCAGUAUUUUGGGGUGAUCAUUUUAUUUAUUAAGAUUAACAAAACGGCCAUGAAGAACAACUCUGUCCGCAAAACUAACUUGGAUCAGUUUAUGGCGUUAAAUGUAUUUGACGCACAUUUAAUUCCACAAAAUCUAGAAACCUAUCUCCACCAAAGCGGGCGGGGGAAGGGACGAACUGAUCUUAUACUACGAGAAAACGAGUCUCAAAUAGUAUCCAGACAACGCAGCGUGGGAGUAUGUAGGUUUGCCCUCAAGCAAAUUGGCAUCGUACGUGCUGCGACCAUUGUUUACUAGCGAUUACGUCGUUCAAGCAGCCUCCAAGGAUCAAAGGUUGUAAAAAUUAAUUAGGUAUUCUACUUGUUAUUGGGAUACCCAUGGAAGAACAUUACUUCUAAACUAUCAUUCUUUAGUAGAAGAGUUAAUUAUGAAAAAUUUGAUCUCAUUUAAAAGAAGGAAUCGGAUUUAACUUUCAAAAUGUUUUGUAAAUUAUCAAACAAAAUAGUCAAAGAUAAUGUAGUAUCGACUGAUCUGUCAAUACUGAUUUAUUCACGUCAUAUUGCUCCGGACUUUCCGAAUGUCGAUAAUACACUGAGCUUUUAGUUGAGUUGGAGGACUCAGUAGCUCUUGUGCAGUUUCGUUACUGAAAAAUUUUAAUUUGAUCAUCAUUUCGUGACCUCGAAUUAAUUUCGUCUUUAUCUUUUCAUUUUACAUUUGAUUGAAAUGCUUGUACUGGUAACCAGCCUUACAGCAUAGAAAUGGCUCAAGUUCGUGCCAUUGUUGUUCUUACCAUAUUCAACACUAUGCUGGCUCAUUGGGGUUGAUGGAAAGAGGAAUUUUAAUUUUUUUUUAACCAAGAUACACAUACAGACGAUACAUGGUAAUAGGAGCAUAGGAUAAAAUAUGGACUGGACCAUUGGACCCCUGGAUUACUGGACUAUUUUUGGACUAUUUUUUAGACAACUUUUGGACCAUUUUUUCGAUCUUUUUUUGAAAAAUUUUGGGACCAGUUUUUGGACCAUUUUAUCGGGGGAGAGGAAGAAAAAAAUAAUUUGUAUGCUCAAAAUAAUUUGUAUGAUCCGUUUACAACUCCAUUAAUCAGUAGCAUUUUCAAAUACAACCACCUCCUACUCUAAUUGUUCGUCUUCCACCCCUUCCCCCAGUAACAACAGUCUGCUUCUCACCUCUUCCUGAGUACUGAUAGACUGCAUCCCACCCUUCCUUAAGCACUAAUGGUCUACCCCCCCCGAUAAAAUGGUCCAAAAAUAGUCCAAAAAAAUAGUCCAAUAAAAUAGUCCAAUCGUCCAAGGGUCCAAUGGUCCAGUUUAUAUUUACCCAUGCUGAUGAUAAGAGACGACCUUAAUAAAAAAAAACGUUUUAAUUGCCAAUCGUGUCCUUUACAGAGAUCUUGUUAUGUUCCACAAAGUGAGUGACGGAAUCUCUAUGACAUGAGCAACGAUCAUUUGGAUAAAGAAAAUAUAAUCACUCAGACUUUCACAGAGUUGUUCACGAUAAGAUUUUCUUUUGUCUCGUCUGGCUUGGCCGCCAACUGAAUUAUUGAGAAUUCCUGUGGGAGCUUACCGCUCAUCAUAACAAGAAGAAGAUUAAUUAAAUAAUUUUAAUGUAGUUUAAGCACUUAUCAUCGCGAUAAGAAAAAAAAUGAAAUUUUAAUCUUAAAUUACUGUUAUGUUCACUUUUAUGACCUGUAGGCGCUUCUGGUGCAAGACCAUUCAGAGUUCACCACCAAAAACGGAAUUACACAGACGCAGACAAAGCAUGUAAAACAAAAAACCAUAGUGACCAUCUGGCAAAAAUUAGAAACGCUGACGACCUUCAGUUAGCUAAAAAUAUAUCAAAUACCACUAACGGCAUGAAAUAUUGGACGAGUCUCCAUGUCUGAUGAGUAACAAUUAUUUACUGCGUACUUAAGUUUAUUCCGCUGUUCAUCAUUUUUGACAAAUAAUGUGUGUCGUAGUUUGAUGCCAGUAGUAUUACUAAUUAACAACUAUUCACUAACAGAUGUGGAGGUGGUUGUCUGUUUUUUUGUAGAAUAUACUAAAACAUUGAGAUGAUCUGUAAAAAGAAGAUAAUCUUUAGCCCAUUUGUCCCUGCAACGAUUUCAAUAUUUUCGGGCGCAAAUUCCGCGCAAGUUGUCCGGUGGUGCAUAGCAAAGGAUAUUUAGAGUUUGAUUAACCAAUGACGGCCUUCAACGCUAUCCACUGUUUUAGUAUAUAUCAGAUAAGGGCCUUCUUGAUUCCUCUGUCGUUACGUUUCACAUUUUAAUGCUAUUUCUUUUCUGGACACGUUGGACAUGUUCGUUACAGGAUUGGCGAUUGGAAAUAGAGUGAUAACAAUACGGCCGGUAUACAACUUGUCGACGUUGUGAACAAUUUUAAUCGUACAGAAGCACAGUCUAAGGAACCUAGUAAGUUAUGCUGUAUGGUAAUCCAUGAUACUCUCCUGGAGUGCACUAACUGUAGUGAGGAGCACGCCUUUAUAUGUGAAGAUUUCCCAGGUGAGAAAUGAUGAUGAAAUACAGUCAAGCAACCUUAUUUAUGACUCUUGCACCAAGAAAUUAUGUAAAUUCUCUGCAUUUACAGAAACCCUAGAACGACAUCAUCUUUUCGAUGUUGUUAGCCAGUUCACAUACCAGGUGUGUGGGGAUCAGAGCUUGUCAGAACUAGUAUCUCAGGCCUUCUAGUUCUGUUCCAAAGUUAAGCUCCACUGUUCAGCAAGCCGGUGGACGAUCUCAGGGAAUGAUACUAGUUUAUAAGCAGCGUCAUUCACAAAGCCUGGCGUCAUUCUCAAAUUAAACUUGGCGAACUUGUUUAUGAUCCUAAAAAAAUAUUCAAAUAUUUUACAUUUCCCUUAUGACAGAAGGGGUGAUGAGGAGAAGAUAACAGGCAAGAGAACUCAGAAGAAAGCUAGAGUUCCCGUUAUACUAUAGUAGACUUUAUUAUUGCUCAAGCGGCGCGACUCUUGGUCAGUGGGAACAUUCAGUGCAACACUUUGACAACUAGAUUGACGAUAGAAUCCUUUAAAUUUUAGUAUGCACCCAAGAUUACAACUUUUACAAUUUUUUUAUACUUGUUAUCAUAUCUUGACACGCACUCCAAUAUUUUUUCUCUUCCCAAAGGUGAUGACACAAAAACCACACUGUUUGUAGAAUAACCUCCUUCAAGAUAUUAUAAUAUAUUGGUUUCUUUAAUCUCACUAUCGCAAACUGGAUGACUUUUGCACACUCUCGCCCUCCGAUCUAUAGCUUAAGGGUACAUUAAUGUUCAGUGCACAGAAACUCCACGUUUGCACUGCCAUAAACUCAAAUAUCCAGUUUCUCUUAGAUUGUUACUAUGGAGUGGGUUUUGGUUACCAUGGAAAUGUGAACGUCACCCGGUCUGGUCGUAUGUGUCAGUCUUGGAAAUCCCAGUGUCCUCAACGUCACUGGCGGAUCCCUAAAGAUGUUGUCAAAUCCAAAAAUGACUCGAACCUGUGUCAUAACCCGGACAGCAGUGCCCCAGAUGGACCGUGGUGUUAUACCACAGACCCAAACGUGUGA